UCACCUUUCUAGCCUAUAUAAACGCAUAAGCAUGAGCGACACUAAUAAGCAAAAUAAGGUAAUAUUAAGAAUUUAAGAUGACAUCUUCUAUGGUCUCUUCAAUGGUUUUCUGUCUCCUUCUUCUUCUUGUGUUUCCGCAUAUGGAUAAAGCGCUUGGCGCACAAGAGGAAGCCAAUAAUCAAAGUGCAGAAGAGAUUUACCAUCCUAGUGGCUUAGGCCGUAUUAUCGGCCGUAUAAAAUGUCCUCGUAAAAUACCCUUUUGUCAUGAUCCUGAUAUCCCAAAUGUCCCGAUACCUCCUCCGCCACACAUGCCUGUGAAAGGCCGCGUUGAACCUUUCGGUCGGUUCAUCCGUAUAUGUAAAAAAGACCCCAAAUUUUGUAGCGCUGUAUGUAAAAAAUACCCCAAGGUUUGUCGCGCCGCCCUUAUAUGUAAAAAAGACCCCAAAAAAUGUCGUCCUGGUCAUGUCUGACAUUUCAAUAAAUCUCCUCCGCCCCACAGGCCUUUCAAAGGCACACAAGGACCUGGUCAUUUCAAUACCUCACUCUAGCUUUGAAUGCAUGUGUGUGUGUUGUGUGCAUGUUUCAUAUCUUAAAUUGUGGUUUAAUUUGGUUUGUGGUUUCUGUCCUUGUUUUAUCUGUGUAUGUGUUUGUAUAUUUUCCAGUUUUUUCGAACCGCUCCGUCGUUGCUAUAAUAAAUAAAACUUGUGUUUCCUUUCGUGUUCA